AUGGCCCACGGACCGCAAGAGUCAGAGACCUCUUGGCCUCCUCGGUCGCCCCACGAAGCCCUCAUGAGCACCCCGAAAGGUCGCCAGCGCUACCGAGAAAUGAUGAAUCAGACCUCGCCGACACCCUCGCCCUCUCCAUCCAAGAGCAGCAGGGCUACGGCGUCAGUCAUGGCGCGAUCUGGGGCGCUUCAGGAACAGAUGGAUGAGGACGACGACGAUGACGAUGAGGAAACGCUCCAGCUGAAGCUGCAGGAGAUCCAGGCUCGAUUGAAGCUGAAAAAACUCCAAAAGGCCCGAGAGAAUGCCGCCCAAGGCAGACACUCCCGCUCAAACUCUGUUACGUCGAGCGUCCAGCCACGGCGCGCUGUUCGCGGGACUACUCCAACGUCAGAGAAUUCCCGACCUGCGUCCCAGAACAUGGUACAGGUCCCUGCAUCUCCUGUCAGGAAAGUGCAGCCUCCGCAGGAUCCAAAAUCGCCGAGUAGAGUGUUGCUCGGUAUCGACAAGGGGCUGCGGGCAAAGGACGUUUCGCUAAAACGCGCCCCCAGCUUUCGAAGGACGGCGAGCAGCGAUGCGGCGGCGCAGAGAAGCUAUCCACAGAAGCCGAAGACAGCCAGCCCAUCAGGAUUGAUAUCACCCGAAGGAUUCCGAUCACUCAGCUUCAAUGAGCGACUGGCAUCCGCAAGGUCAGAAGAGGUGUCUCGCGCCGAAAGGCAAGAGAGGAUAUCAAAGCUGAGAUCCAGUGCAUUCGGAAUUGGCAAGGAGGAAAUGGAGGAAUACAAGAAGAAUGCCGUUGACAUUCCUGACGAGCCAUUACAGGCUCCAUCAUUCAGCAGGGACGAGGUCCUGGGCAAAUCGAAACCACCUGUAGCGCUACAACGGACCCGUACGCUAUCUGAUUUACGCGAUACCGCAGGGAGAAACGGCAACCCCCCAUACGGCAACCCCCCAUUUAUAUCAGCCUUUCAGAGUCGUAAAAACAGCUUGCCUACGAGUGAUAUCUCGACGGAAGAGCAAGGAUCCUUUGAGCCUUACUCUAGCAUACAUCUUUCUAAACGGAUAUUACCUAACCGAGUCGUAGCCAGGCAUAUAUCUGGCAAGAAAAUUUUCAAUGUCAAAGAUCUACUGCGAGAGGUCAAGGGUCCAGACUUUGCCCUUCCAGAAGUCGAAGAAGACAUUAUCGUCUUUGCGAUUGUGGCGAAGAAGUCUGAACCUCGAGCGCAUAAGCCUGCCGUGGGGAAGAACGGACAGAAAGAGGAGGACCGUGGCAAAUACAUGGUACUGACUCUAGUCGACUUGGAAUAUGAACUAGAUCUAUUUCUAUUCAACUCAGGAUUUACCAGAUACUGGAAGCUUACAGAAGGCACUGUCGUUGCCAUCCUCAACCCCAACGUUAUGCCCCCACCACCUGGAAGACAAGACACUGGACGUUUUAGCCUGGUUAUCAAUUCCGACGAGGACACGAUUCUCGAAAUUGGAUCAGCUCGCGAUCUAGGAUUCUGUCAAGCAAUCAAAAAGGACGGAGAGAUGUGCCGGUCUUGGGUGAACAAGAAACGGACGCAAUACUGCGAAUUCCAUUCCAACGAAGCCAUUCGCAAGCAACGGAGUGCACGAAUGGAGGUCAACUCGAGCGGAUUUGGUACUCGCGUUCGCUUCCAGGGCAAAACUUCUGCAGAGGUGUUUGAACCAGUGAAGAAGAAGCCCGACAACUACGACUGGGAGACAAAGACGCAUUGGUAUGCGGCGCGAGGGCACACAGCUGCAGAGCUGCUUGACGGUAAAGACCGAGAUCCUUCAGAUAGGAAGGAUAAGGCCGAGUUUCUACGACGGAAUAUGGAAGCCAAAGAGAAGGAGCGUGAGAUGAUGAAGAAGCUCGGCGAAGUCGGCAAUGCCGCUGGAAGAGAAUACAUGCAGCGCUCAAGAUCUCGAACCGAUGCAAGCCUGGCACCCAGCAGCAUGAGCUCAAGCCAGCAGCUCUUCAACGCGGCAGAUCCCUUUUCUGAGCCCGAGAAACCAGAUGCAGCCGCGCUCGGCCUCCUUGAUAGGGCCCGCGACAUCCACCUUAGUCCCGUGAAAAGGAAACGGACGGGCAGUUCUCAGACUGGAUCUCGUACGCGGAGCAACAGUAGCAAUAGUAAUAGUACUACUCACAGCAGGCCGUCCGGCCUUGGCUGGGGCGGCGCGUUAAAGGACAAGCUCUCGAGCAUGAAGGAAGGGGAGAAGCUCAAGCCAGAGCAGCCACCACUUCGGAAAAAAACGCGGUUCGUCACGGAUAAAGGAAUCCGGGAGGCAGGUCGUGAGAGCCUUGGCAACUUGUCCGAACGGAACUUGGCCGACCGGCAGGUGAUACUCCCCGACGACGAUGACGAGCUUGUCAUCGUAGGGUAG